AUUUUUUUUACCCACACACGUAUCCAAAAUCUUUAAUCUAAUCAAAACAACGAAUGAUCGAUAAUAACAAGUGUUAAUAAUUUAACAAUAUUUCGUUCAAUCGUUUCCGUAAUUAACGAAUGACUAAAUGUGAUCGAGUACUUCGCGUUCGUAGAUUAUGUACUGAGCUUAUUGUUUUUAGUUAUUUACCUCUUCAACUGUCAUAAGGAUGACAAUGGGCGAAGAAUCACCAGUUUCCUCACUUGUUCUUCCAGUAUUAAUUCGGCCCGUAUUAUCUCAGCUCGAGAAACGAGAUGUUACAGCAUCGCAGACGUUACGAGCAGCUUUAUCGAAGGCCGAAUCCGUACAUCCAGGAUUCGCUUACGAUCUAGUAGUAGGAAUUAUGCGUAGAGGUGAUCUCAGUGUUAAUAUGAACGAAAGUAUACUACGGUUGCAAGGAGCUGCCUCCGAAUCAGAUGCUAUCGAAUACAGACUGACACGGUCGGAAGAAGCGUUUCAAGAACUGAAUAAGAAAUCUGCCUCGUUAAAAAAGAUUCUCAGUCGUAUUCCAGAUGAAAUAACAGACCGAAAGACUUUCUUGGAGACUAUAAAAGAAAUCGCUAGCGCAAUUAAAAAAUUACUCGAUGCUGUGAACGAAGUAUCCGGAUUCAUUCCUGGUCCGACCAAUAAACAAGCGCUCGAGCAGCGUAAAAGAGAAUUCGUCAAAUUUUCAAAACGAUUUAGUAACACAUUAAAGGAUUAUUUUAAAGAAGGACAAGCGAAUGCAGUAUUCGUCAGCGCCUUGUACUUAAUCCAUCAAACCAACAUGAUAAUGGCAACGGUAAAGAAUAAAUGCGAAUAGUGAACAUAUUCAUACGAACAAUAUAACUAUGCACUAGACAUUCCAAUUCAAACAUAAUUUUUUUCUUAUUCCUUAUCUAUUUUUUUCUCAUUCGUAUAUUUUAGUCUCGAGGACAGAUAACGUUGAAAAAAAAAACACGAAUAAAAAAAACAGGGGCCAUAUUAAUACGAGUUUGUUAUUAAAUUUUAAGAGUUGAUGUUGCAUUUUGAAUUUUUUAUCUUGUUGAAAUUUGUUACGUUAAAUUUUAUCUCGCGUAUAAAUCAGUCGAUGAUUGAUCAUCGUCGUCCAGGUUUUGUUAUAAUAAUUGUGUAUCGAGUCUGUGUGUUCAUCUACAUCAUCUACGUACACACACACCAACAGCAGCAGUGACUCUGGUGUGCCGAUAAUAUUUUUUUUUUUCGAAUUGAUUGUGUCAACGAUACCGAUUUUUUCUUCUUAUUUCAAUCGAGCUGUGAUGUUUUUAUAGCCUAAUAUGGUCCGUUACAGUAUCUCUACCUAUAGCUCUAUAGCAUCCUUCUUAUACCCUAUUUCUUCAUAUUGUUACCUAUCUGUUGGAAUGAUGGAAUUCGUAUGGUUCCGGUUUGUAAAACGCCUAAUACAAAUGUCAUCGGACUGAAUAUGUUCUAUAAACGAUAACGUGGAUCAAUUACAUGUUAGAAAAUGAAAAAUUGAUCUCCAGACCAAAGAAUAAUAAUAUUCCACUAGCGCACUGCUCUGUUAUCCUUUUUCUUUCUCUUUAUUUCUUUCUUUUUAUGUCUCUUACUAGAUUUUAAGUGAAACGAAUCGAACUUAUUUCACUUAAAAGUAUUAUUUUGUAUCUUUUAUUUUAAUUCUCUGUUGAUGUAUAACAAUUUUAAAUACAUAAUUUUGCGAAA